AUGUUCCGGACCUUCUCUCUUGGCUCGCAGAAUGAGUUUGCUAGGUUCAUAUAUCAGUCGGACGAUCCAGCGGGAUCACCUCAGGUGGCGGCUCCACUGCAUCUAGCAUGCAACUGUUGCCGGUCCAAGAAGCUCCGAUGUACAGGAGAGAAACCUCAGUGCCACCGAUGUCGAACCAAAGGCGUGGAUUGUGUAUAUGCUUUGCCACGAGAACGGAGGAGGAAGACGAAAGAUGAAUCAAGAUAUCAUCGCCGCAAACCGCACCUUCGCCAUGUAUCAACCCCUUCUUUGCCAUCCGCUCUCUCUCAAAGGAAGGAUUCGGCUCAAUCGAAACCUGGGUCUUCGGGGUCAGAGUCUAAGAUCCAAUUCCCAAUUUCUAACGAUGUUCCGAACACACCUUCUGGAAAUUACUCCGAUUCAUCGUCCAUCUACGAAGAGCCACUCUUCACCGAUCUCGACGGACCGUCCGACUUCAGUUUCCCAUCGGGGACGUUCCAGAAUUUCACAUCAAUCCCUCAGACAACAAGUCUCCCAGGUUCCUAUGUUGGGGAUAUGUUUUUCGACCCCUUUACGCUAGGACGAUAUCCACUGUCCAAUCCGGCGGUGAACGAUGGCACCGUUACACCCUCAAUACCCAAUCACCAGGGUACGAUGCCAGAGACGCCUUCAUCUGUGUCAUUUGGUUUGGACUCAUCUACUCCAACUCCCACCGCAAAACCUCUGAGUGGAGGUGACUUAUCCAUGGACACUCCAGCUUCAAACACACCCUACGGAAUGUCUUCUCUCUCAGACAUCACGCCAGCACAUUUAGUCUCUUCCGAAGUUAUUGACGUGGCGCUGGCUCCACCGCAACAUCAACCCGACUGCGCCUGUAUCAAAGACGCAGACCAGCUCUUGAGGGAAGUUCGAAAUCACGACCCACAGUCCUCAACGCAGCCUGCAGAUACAACUCUUACGCUUCUACGGGAGGCAAUGAACUACUCGGACCGAGUCCUUAGUUGUCCGACUUGCAGCCAGACAUCCGCCUCUAUUAUGAUGAUGGUACAAGUAUCUGGAAACCUCGUCCGCUUCUACGAAGGCCUCUCGAUCAAACUAGCGAAAAUGGAACUCGGCAUCUCCGAAGGCCAUGAGAUUGCACCCGCUGUCGGCGGCGCCAGCGCCAGUGAUUCCACCAGUAGCAUUCCUUUGAGACUUGGAGCAUACGAGCUAGAGAGUCAACAGGAGUGCUUCAGCAUCGUACGGUGCCUUGUUUCCAGUCAGAUGGAGAAGAUGACGGAGACACUGUCACGAAUGGCGUCGCUCGCUCAGUCACAGGGCUGGGCGGAUCCCAGCAACGGAUUGAUGACACUCAAGGAACGGUUGGACCUAGUUGCACGGCAUUUCUGGCGUGCUCCGACUUCCUUUGUGCCAGGGAAUAUGAAUAUCAACCCAGGAUAA